AUGGCUCCAGGCGGCCGUCGACGUCAGACGCUGGGCCAAGGACUUGAUAGAGAGGUCUACCAAGUCGUCCGCAGAAUCUUUGACGAGCGGGCACAGUACGGCGACCCCGAUACCCGCCUCACCUUCGCCUCAGUGUACGACCAAAUUAAAGCCUCCAAUUCCAGCCUGAAUCGCAAGCCCAAAAAGCUGCUAGAAGACAGUAUUGAGAGGGUGUUGGAUACAAUUCAACAGGAUGCGAAAGACGAUUCAGACGAGUUUGUGAAUGUUGAUACACCUACUACUGAGGAACAGCGUCAGAAGAUCUCAAGCGGAUUGAACAAGAGUAUCGUCGGAGCCUGGGCAAGACCAACCAACGAUAGCUCUGACGGCCUCCAAUCUCCCAAACGUCAGGAAGCAGAUCGAUUGACCAUGGCAAUACCUACGGACUCCAUCGCCUCUGCGAACCACCGCUCUGCCAAUGGCGAACCCCCACAGAAACGUAGUCGCAGAGCCCGCGACACCACACAGACGACAAUAGACCAUUCUCCUCCCACCCAUGUGCGCUUCGCCGACCUCGGCGGUAUCGACGCUGUCAUCGAUCAAUAUGAAGACCUCAUCGUCCUCCCUAUGACACGACCUGAGAUCUACGUUACCAGCAAAAUCCAACCUCCCCGAGGCAUUCUCAUCCAUGGCCCUCCCGGCUGCGGCAAGACUAUGAUCGCCAACGCCUUCGCGGCAGAACUCCCAAACGUCAGUUUCAUCUCCAUAUCUGCGCCGAGCAUAGUUUCUGGCAUGUCCGGCGAAUCUGAAAAGGCACUGCGUGACCACUUCGACGAGGCCAAAAAGGUCGCACCAUGCCUCAUCUUCAUCGACGAGAUCGACGCAAUCACGCCCAAACGUGAGUCUGCUCAAAGAGAAAUGGAGAAGCGUAUUGUCGCCCAACUCCUCACCUGCAUGGACGACUUGGCCCUCGAAAAGACAGACGGCAAGCCAGUCAUCGUCCUCGCCGCCACAAAUCGCCCAGACAGCCUCGACGCCGCACUCCGUCGGGGUGGCCGCUUUGACAAGGAGAUCAACAUGACGGUUCCAGACGAGAAAGUCCGUGAAAAGAUCCUCCGAGCACUGACCCGCGAAACAAACCUCGCCGACGGUAUCGACUUUGCUCUCCUCGCCAAGCGUACUCCUGGCUUCGUAGGCGCAGACCUCAACGACCUCGUCGCUACGGCAGGUGCCACCGCCAUCAAGCGCGUUCUUAACAUGAUCAAAGCCACUGCCGAAUCCACAACCAUGAAUAUCGACACUCCCGAGGAAGAUCCGUCCAUCACCCCAAGGCUAGCCUCACUCCACCGUCUGAUCAAGUACACGACAACCAAUCCCCCGAGCAGCGACGAGGCUGAAAUCACCGUCACAUUCGACGACUUCAUGACGGCGCUGCCGCUCAUCCAACCAUCCGCGCUGCGCGAAGGCUUCGCAACGAUUCCCUCCACGACUUUUGCGUCUAUCGGCGCCCUAGAAAAACAUAUCAGCGAGCUCACCAUGACCGUCACCCAGCCCAUCCUCAAUCCAUCACUCUACUCGAAUCUAGGCAUCGCGCCAUCCUCUGGUACACUACUAUGGGGCCCACCAGGCUGUGGAAAGACAUUACUAGCCAAAGCGUGCGCGAACUCAAGCCACGCCAACUUCAUCAGCGUCAAAGGUCCGGAGUUACUAAACAAGUAUGUCGGCGAAUCCGAGCGUGCAGUGCGCCAGGUGUUCAACAGAGCCAGAUCCAGUGUUCCGGUUAUCAUUUUCUUCGACGAACUCGACGCCCUCGUGCCAAAACGUGAUGCCGCUGGGUCCGAGGCGAGCGCCCGUGUCACCAACACUCUCCUGACCGAACUUGAUGGGGUGGGCACCGGGCGAGAGGGCAUUUAUGUGAUCGCCGCGACCAAUCGGCCCGACAUGAUUGAUCCGGCUAUGUUGCGGCCCGGCCGUCUUGAGACCCUGUUGUACGUCGGUUUACCCGAUGCUGCGGGUCGCGUUGAUAUUCUGAGGACGCUCUGCAAGAAGUUGAAUAACUUUGCCUUUGACGACUCGGUUGCCGCCAUCGCAAGUGAGUGUGAGGGUUUCAGUGGUGCCGAUCUGGAGGCCUUGUUGAGACGGGCGGGCUUCGCUGCGAUAACGAGGUGUACAUCCCUCGGUUUGUCGGCUGGAGAGGUCACAAUGACAGCGGCGGACUUCGAGAGUGCAAAGAAGGAAGUCAGGCGGAGUGUCGGUGUGGAGGACGUCAAGCGAUAUGAGCGGAUGCAGGACAAGUUGGGCAUGAGUUGA